UUAUUUCAGUGCUACAUCUAGGUACCGAAUGCUUGAAGGGAAGUUUAUACCUCCUUCUUCCAUCCCUUUCAUAAGAUAAAAGGACGUGAAUUUUCAACCAUUGCUCAAGUUAGGAGGAAGAUCUAUUUCUGAAAUAGCUGGAAGUUUCCUAACCAAAGCAGGAACUAAUGGAACACCCAUACUCAGGAGGGAGCUGGAUGAUGAUUCCUAGUUCCACAACUCCCACCACUACAGGAACACCAUCAAAUCAGGACCUUUCUCACCUGCACCAACAUCAUCUUCAUCAACAACAACAACAGCAACAACAACAACAUCAGCAGCAACAACAACUACAACAACAACAGCAACAACAACAACAACAACAACAACAGCGUCAUCAACAUCAGUCACUGGCUUCUCAUUUCCAUCUUUUACAUUUGGUGGAGAAUUUAUCAGAUGCAAUCGAAAGUGGUACACGUGAUCAGCAUUCAGAUGCGGUUAGUGAAUUGACUGGCCACUUUGAAAAGUGUCAACAGAUAUUAAACUCAAUAUCGGGAUCAAUAAAUGCAAAGGCUAUGACGGUUGAAGGGCAGAAGCGUAAACUGGAGGAAACUGAGCAACUACUAAACCAAAGAAGGGAUCUGAAUGCCAAGUACAGAAGCACUGUUGAACAGCUGAUUAAGUGAGACAGAUGACAUGGACCAUUCUUCUAAUACUUGUAAGAAGAUUUCUUUUAUUACUUUAUUGUAUU